CCUUGAUUUUCUUGAGCAUCAUAAAGCAGGAAGAACGGAGAACUUGUCCCAGGAUGCCUGUUUUACAAAGGCUCUAAGGCGAAAAAUCGAUUGGAGAUUGAUGCCUUUCCUUUGCGCUUGUUACACGCUGAAUUUCAUUGACAAAGUCCUCUUGAACUAUGCCAAAAUCAUGGGAAUGGAAUCUCAAUUGCAUCUUAUCGGCAACAAUUAUUCGAACGCUUCCUCUGCCUUCUUCAUUGCCGUCCUUCUAUUCUCAUUCCCAAACAUGUGGCUGCUCAACCGUCUACCAGUUGCUAAAUGCUUAGGCUUCAAUCUUCUUGGAUGGGGUCUAUGCUCAGCUUGUCACGCGGCUCUUAGCAACUACGGCGGGCUUGUUACUGUUCGUGUCCUUAGCGGAGCGUUCGAGUCAGGUAUUCCGCCAGCUUUAAUGCUUUUGAGCAGCCAGUACUUCACAUACAGCGAGCAGGCUCCUCGGUUUGCCUAUUGGUAUAUGGGAAUGGGGAACGGACAAAUACUGGGUGCUCUGAUCUCCUUUGGUUUCCAGCAUAUGUCGCCAAGCGCCCCACUCUCUAGUUGGAAGACGAUGUUCUUGGUUCUCGGGCUCGUCACUAUGAUGCUUGGGGUCAUUGUCUUGCUUUUUGUCCCAGAUUCGCCGAUGAAGGCUCGAUACCUGAAUAAUGAGGAAAAGGUGGCCCUACUAGAGCAUAUCAAAGUCAACCAGACCGGCAUUGAUAGCCGUCACUUUCAUCCUCGUCAACUGCUUGAGGGUCUACUCGAUUUGGGAUGCUGGGGAAUAUUCUUUGUCAUCAUACUCCAAUCUUCUGGCUCCGGUGUCGUCACAGCUUAUUCAGCUACUAUUCUGACCUCGUUUGGUUACACCCCAAAACAGGCCGCUCUGCUCAAUAUUCCUUCCGGCGUCGUCAACAUCAUCGUCAUCCUGUCGUAUUCUGCAUUCGUCCGAUUUAGAGGCCAAAGGUGGCUGGUGAAUGCUGUUGCAGGUGCUAUAGGUACGAUGGCUGCCGCACUGCUCUGCUUUCUACCCAAUUCAAACCGUGCCGGACUUCUCGCGGGGAUGUAUCUGAUCAACGUCCUGCCUGGAGCCUCGAACAUCACCUUUCAGUGGCUGACGUGCAACACUGGCGGACACACUAAGAGGACAUAUGCUACUGCGGGGAUGAGCGCUGCUUUCGCCAUUGGGAAUAUUAUCGGCCCUUUGACAUUUAGAGCCCAGGACGCGCCACAAUUUAGACCAGCGAAGUUGACGCUCGUGGUCAUGUGGGGGACUUCAAUAUUAGCUAGCGUGCUCUGCUUCCUCUACUACUCCUGGAUGAACAAGUCUCGAGCCAGAGGCUCUGGAGGUACUGCAGAAAAGGUCGAGCUGAGUCAGGCUUAUGCCGGACUCACGGAUAAAGAGAACAAGGAUUUCAGUUAUCAUUUGUAGCAAUCCGGUCAUUAGACCAGCAGUACUAUGGCGCAAUAAUUGCUUUCCUUUAGCGGGGAUGAGGGAUUGAGUAUUCAAGGAAGUACUCACAACGCAUGUCGAUCUGGCACGGUAAGUCCUGGCCAAUCUAACACUCUGCAUGGG